UAAACUAAAUGUCAUGAUGGAAAAAUUACUUUACACUGGUGAUUGUGAAAGCUGAUAUUCUAAAGAGAUGCUUGUCUACUUUAUGAUGCUAUAGUUUUGGCAGAAUGUUAUGUCAGUGAACAUGAGAACUCCGCUUAGAAUUAUUCGGUUAUUUCUCCACCAAAGAAAGCAAUGCAGUCUCGGAGCAGCAUAAAAUGGCGAGCAUGCAAAGAGAUCACUGGUCUUAUGUAUGGUUGCAGUGUUUGUUGCUCAGUCUGCUGCUCUGCAGAAAUGUGGUAUUGCCAGACAGUAACAAAUACUAUCGCACUACUUCAUUAUGCUUGCACCAGAAUGACCAAGCUUUGUACAAAAAGGUGGAUGGAGCUGUUGUUACCUCUGAAAAUGAACUUAAUUUGAAAUGUGUGAUUACAUUUCAGACAGACACCGUAUUGCAGAGGUUCAUGCUCCGGUUUGAACACUUGGCCCUUGAUUGUAAAGACCAUUUAUACAUCUUUGAUGGUGAUCAAAAAUUUGGGAAAUAUGAGCAUGAUCUUUCCUGCCGAAGUACUCGCUCAGAUGUUGGGACCAUUUUCACCCAAGGCAACUAUGUUACUCUCAAAUAUGAAACAGAUAACCGAACUCAUGCUGGAAAUGGUUUUAAGUUGAUUAUUACUGCUGUCAAGAAGCCAAAUACAGGAUGCCCAACUUUCCGAUGCUUGAAUGAUCUGUGUAUCUCCAAGAAUUUAACCUGUGAUGGGGUAAAUCAUUGUGGAGAUAACAGUGAUGAAACAAGUCAAGCAAACUGUGCUGAUGAAAGUGCCACCAAGCAAAUCUUGGGCCUGAAUUUCGGAACGUUUGUGUCUCUUGUGCUUGGGAUCUUCCUGAUAUGCUGUGUGUGUGUUGUGGGAGUGAUUAUAUGUGUUUUUCGUAAAGAGGCGCAGCAGCGGCAGCUCGAAACUGAAGCACAUCUGGGCACUCCACACUCCAUGGUCGUAGGACAGUCGCCGUACCCUACCGAACCUACGUUCAGCAGCCAGCUGGAGGAGAAGCCUCCCCCCUACACCUUCCUGCACCAGGACGGCGUCCACAGAGAAGGCGUCUACUAUCAUGCAAAGUGAAGUCUGCGGCCGGGCGCAGGCAGCCCCCCAAAAAAGAGUGGUUAGUUUGACUUCGCUCUGGCUACAGUUGGCCCCCUGUACCCUACUUUGGCACUCCGUACCAUGAUGUGUGUCCUUUAUGUUUUCUUUCAAGGUUGCCAGGUGCCCUCUUUGCAAUUGAAGGAUAUUCUGCAAUGUUACGAAAAAUGUUGAUAAUAUUAUUAAAGUUAUUUUACAAAUCAAUACUAUAUAAUAUCUUUAAGCUCCUAGGAUGAGGAUGAUUUUCAUUUCAGAGCUUAUCGAAAUGUCUCAUGUAAAUGAUAAACGUAAUUGCUUUGAAAUGACAUUUGCUAGGACAUUACCAAAAUUUUGUUUCGAUAUUCAAAUAAGAAGGACUUAAAAAUCUUCAGGAGUUAAUUUAUUUGUAUUUGUCAGCAUUUAUAGGAAAUUUGCUUUGAGAAAGCUGUUUGCUUUCUCAUGAAUGAAUAUGAUUUUCUGAAAUAUUCAUGAAAAGAAUGUUUAACAAGUAAAUUUUUUUAUUACUGUGCUUGUAGUAUUAAAUUAAUUUAUACGUUAAAUUACAUAGAUUGAAUGAAAUUAAGUUAGAUAUUGUAAUCACGAUCAAAUGAUCAAAUUUUGGAAAAAUUUCACAAAUGGGUGAAAAAAAAGUUUGGAUAGAAUUAAAUAUGGGCUUGUUAUUUUAUGCAGUUUUUAAUUUUGAUCUUAUUUUUAGAAAAAUAAAUUCAUUUUAGAUUUCUUAAUAUGGAGCAGAAGUGAGAUUUACUCGGAUCUACAGCAGGCUGUUUCACAAACUUAAUUUGAAAUAUCUUGCAUAAUAUAUUAUGGUAUUACAUUAUAUUGUGAAUAUUGUUCAAUACCACUCAAUAUCUUUGUGCAGAUGGAUUUUUUUAUUUUUCUAAAAUUUCGUUUACUAAAGGAAAAUAAACUUACUGCCUUGUGUGUAACAAUAUAACUCUGAAUAAAAAUAGAUGAUAGAAAUUUUGGGAAAAAAAAAGAUAGAAAAAAUCCAUCAUAUAACAUUUGGGUAUCUGGCAAUCUUCAUAUCCUCGAUAUUAUAUAAAUAAUUCUGUAUAAAGUUCUCUGUACUGUAGCCCAUCUCACCAAAAAUUGCUUUUAUAUGUUCAGAAAUUGAAUAAAUGUUUAAUACAAGUUAAUUUUAGAUUAAAUUUAGCUUCAAAUAUAUUGUUAUAAUGGUAGUUUUGAUGAUAUUUAUAUGUUAUAUGCAUUUAAAAUGUUUAUUGUAUCUGUUAAUUUAAUUUUUUUAUAAAAAUGUAUAUUUUUACUCCAAAUUAAUUUAAUAUUUGUCAAAAUGCCAUCAUGAUUUUUAAAUAUUAAUGUAAUAUUAUAAAAGGUUUUAUCUUAAGUUAAAUUUUUGAUUGUUCUGAAUUUGCCAUCACUAUGUUCGUAAUGGUAAUAAAACAGGACAUGCACCUUAUAAUUUAAAUAAUAACUAACUCUUGACUGUGUUUACACAUAAGCUUAAAAUAUGUUACUCUAAAUUAAUUCAAUCAUUUAUAUUGGCUAUUUAAAAUCAAAAAUAUGGAAACAAAAAUCUAAAUAUGACACAGGGUGGGUAAAUUUAAUAUGUGGUUUUUGAUUCAUUUAUUUUCCUUAAUUAAGUUAAUGACUGUAAAGGACUAAUUAAAGAACUUAUAAUCAUCCUCAUCUUCCCCAGAAAUGUGAUUUUUUUUUUUUCAUUUUUAGAAAAUAAUAUAGCUCAUUUUCUUAAAAAUAAAUUUAUAAAUAACAAAGAAAAUUAUUUUAUUCUUAAUAAUAAUCUUACUUAUUGUUUUACAGAUAUUGUAAAUUUAGAUCUGAAGAUCAUAAUGUUACAUUUCUGAGUAUUAUCAAAAAUUCAUUUGUAGCUUUCCUUUUACCAUAUGCAUUUUUCAACCAAAAUUAGAAGGAAAUCAUACACAUAAUAUUUUUCCAUACAUCGAUUUCUCUACUGUAAACCUUUUUAUUUCCUUCACGUUCAAGUUUGGAUGAAAAAAUUGUCUUGUAGUCCAGUACUUCCACUAUAAAUAUCUCAUGAUCUUGUGUGAAUAUUUGCUUACAAAGCCUGUGUAAAUAUGUACUAAAAUAAUUGUCAUGGCUGUGAUCAAAACUGUUUGGCCUUUGAGAAAUCUGAUACAUUAGAUUUGCUUCAUUUUUUUACCUUAAUAUGUCUUUUAUAUUGCCUAAACUUUUAUGAAUUCAAACAUUUCUGCGUAUUAAUAAUUUUAUGGAUACUAAGAACUGUAGAAUUGAGAAAAUUAAAAUUGUAUUGCCCACAAAUAAAAAAGAAUACCUUUAAAAAUAGCAUAUACUCUUGAAAUGAAGUAGUAGUUUUUGUUAAAUAAGAUUUUUUGCGUGAUUUCAUGCGUGUUAGAUAUGAGUAAGAAAAUUCACACGCACAAAAAAAAAAAAAAAAUACACGCGAGAAAAUAUAGUUUAGAACUAUAUUCAUAGAUUGAUGAAGAAAUUGUUAUUGCAAUUUUGUAGCUUGAAUAAAGAAUGGUUCCUCUUCUAGAGCUUAGGUAUCUAUAUAUUUGAUUUUGUUUUAAUAUUAAAUACACUGAUUGCAUAGUUAUUUUACUCCCUAGUGUAUUUAUUAAUCUGAUCAUUUCUCUCAUUCUUAUAACUUCAUCAGAAAUUCCAUUUUAUUAAACGAUUUUCAGAUAGGUACAAAUCUAUGUAAAUGUUGCUACUUCAGUGCCUGAUUUUAAUGAAAAAAUAUUUAUGUUCCUUAAAAAAGGUAUUUUACCAUCAAGUAAUAACUUUAAAUGAAGGCUUGAAAUAUAUUGGAAAAUUUUCAAACUGCAUUUGUGAAUCAAAUUUUAAUUAAAAGUAUAUAUAUAUAUAUAACCUGGGAUCAUUUACAACUAUUUGAAUUGCCAAGAAAUAUUUAAAAAAUUUUUAAUAUUGAUAUUGAAAGUAUUCAAAUAGUUGGAAUUUCUCUUUUUACUGUUUUUAAUUUUGAAUUACUUUUAAAAUGCUUCUCUAUUUAAAAUUACAAUUUUCCCUUUUUGUGGGAUUUUCUUUGUGUUGCAUAGAAAGAAACAGAUCUGAAUAAGAGUUUUAAUUGGUUAUUGUUAAAUAGAUCCCUAUUUCCAAACAGAUUUGUUGGAUAAAAUUGGAUUGUUGUGAUUCUAUAGUUUAUUGAUUAAAACAUAAGCAUAUAGUGAUAAUAUAUUGGGACUGAAAUAUUUCUUGGAUUUGAAAGGGAAUUAAAUUGAAGUCUUCGUGCAUUUUUAAAAGAUGCUAUUAUGCAAGUAAGCUGAGCUUAACCCAUUCCCCAUAUUACAGAGGUUUAUUUGAUUAUUGCGAAAAUGCUGAUACAAAUAUUACUUUCAAGCCUUUAGCUUAAAGUUUCACUUCUCUAUAAUUAUUAUUCCAAUUUUCUGUCCCUUGAGGAGAAAAAAAUCCCUCUAGAAACAAUGUCAUUAGAGUGUACAUUAUAAAAAUUGGAUUAAGAACAAUAAAAACAAAAACAAAGAGUGCCAUGUCCAUGUGUGUGAAAAAUGUACAUUGUAUUUUUUGACUUUGCAUUGUUGUGGCUGCACUGUAGUCAGAGUUAGGAGCUAUGCCAUUUCUCAGCCUGCGUCACUGCCAGCAACACUUCUUCCAAUGUUCAUGUGCCUGCACAAGAGGCUGAUCAACUGCUACUUCUUCUUCGAGUAAUGAGUACGUUGCAAUCAUCGCAGAAAUAUUGACAUUUGAGUGACUUUUGUCUUGUGAUCUAGUCAUUUUAAAGAUUUUUGGUGUUGUUUUAAUUAAUUUAUUACAUAUAUGAUUUUCUGUUAUCCAUUUUUUGCAUAAUUAGGAUAUGUGUUGCAACUGUUGACGUCGCACGAUGCCAGGAGCCAGCAUUCUAAGGAGGCUUCUGAUCAGCCUUACCUCCGAACGUUCGAUUCUAAAGAAGAGAAGAUUCUUUUUCCGAAAUGAAGCUUCAAAAUACACAAUUUAAAAUUAAUGAUAAAACAUUUUUAAUUUGCGAAAAAAAUGAAUAAAUAAAAUAAAAUCAGACUUCAAUUGCAAAAAUAACAAUAAAUACCUUUUCUUUUCUCCAUCUUGAUUAUAAGGCUUUCAAAAAUUUGCCAAUAGCAUUCAUUCUAUAGAAAGAUAAAGCUAUUUUUUUUUAAAAAAAAGGAUGAUUCAGGCUCAAAACUUUAUAUUAUUGUCUUGAUUAACAUCUUAUCGCUUCCAUUUAAAAAGUAAAAGUAAAGAAACGGUGUCAUAAUUGGCUUUUUAGCAGGCCUUUCAAGAUUUGAAAUUUUAUUUGUGUCUAUAGAUUCCUUUUUUGUGAUGUGUAGAUUACGUCAGAAUACAUAUUUAAUUCAAUAGCUCACAUAAAUUGUACAACAUAGAAAGGAUAAUGUAAUAUCGUUCAGCUUGUUGCGUUACCGAAGCGGAAGGAAAUUAUUAACUACUUUAUAUAAUAUAGGAAAUUAGUCAACUUUGACAACACGCUUUUUUGCUCAGAUUAUUGACUUUUUUAGGGCAUUUAAAAUAUAAAUAUGGAAAAUAUUUUUUGAAAAAAUUGUCAUGCUAUUUGAUAUUUAUAAAAAAUUUAAAUUUAUCAGUCUACUUAAAUUGCUGCACAUGCAAAUAUAAAAUAAAAGCAGAAGUGAAAAUCCUAUUUCGGAAUUAUUAUCUAAAUAAAGCAGUUUUUUUUAUUUAAAUUUAAUUAAAAUAUUUUAUUUUAAUGUUCCUUUUUUAAUUUCCAUUUUUGUAUUGUUUCUUUAUUGCACUGCACGUUACUUAAUGUAAUAGUAAUUAAUGUUAUUCGUUUUAUAUUAUCCAACUCCUCUGCUCCCAAACCGACUUUUAUACAACUGUACAUUUCUGAAUUUUAUUUUAUUUAUUACUUUUUUAAAGUUGUUACUGUUAGCUGAGCAAAAUAUAUUGGAUGAAUUUGGAAGAAAAGUGAUUUUCUUUAUUUCUAUAGGAAUUUUAUUCAGAAAUUUUAAGCACAAAAUUUUUAAGAUGAGAACUAAAAUGAAUUAUCAAAUAUAGUUAGAUUUUUUAAUUCUUUUUUUAACUGAUUAAAUAUCAAUUAAUGAAUUAAGCAGCUAAUUGUACAAUAUUGCUCUGGAUUAUACAAUAUUGUAUAACACUAUGCUUUCCGUAUGUUCCGUAACAAUAAACUGAAUACCUUGAAAUACCAUGGUAUAUAGUUUCUACAUCAUGAAAUUUUGUAAAAAUAUAUGUGUUCUAUUAGAGAUAUUAAAUUCAUAAAGUUAUCUCUAAAUUAAAUGGAAUUGUUCAUUGAAGUGAGAUUGCUGAUGAGGUAGAGAAUGCUCCCCUAAAGCAUCGAUAAAAGGAAUGAUUGUAUCUUUACUUAUCGAAUGAUUAAUGUUUGUAUUUCUGUCUUUGCAACGUCGUCAUUUCGAGCUAAAGCUGUGGCACUUUUGUGCUCAAAGCUUUCCGAAGUUUCACUUUGUGUGUGAAAUCCACUAACUUUCAAAGCUGAAACUCAAUUGCAUUUAUUGUACAUAAGUGCAUCUGUGUGAUAUAGCUUUGUUACUGUCGUCAGCUGUGUGUUUCUCUUUCAGAUUUUCAUAGCUAUAUUGCUAGCCACGAAACACUUUUUAUGUGGUGAGAAAUUUUCAUUUUCUUUUUUUUUAGAGUUUUGGAUGUAUGCUGUGUAUCAGAUAUUUAAAGUUGAGGAAUGAGUGUUAACGGUUUUCUCAAAUACAAGUCAGUUUCAUUUAAGAGAUCGUUUCGAGAAUUUUGUGUUUUGAAAUGAAAACUUUAAAAUGUUCUUUCACUUAAAAGUUAAGCCAUUUCCUAACUAUUACUACUAUAAUAUUGCAAGUUAUUUUAAACUUAAUAUUGUACAAUAAUAUUUUACUUCUGUUUUAUGAUUUUGCAAUUUUUAUCAUUUCCGAAUUUUUAGUUGUACUGGCUAUAGUCUUUGAGAAAACAUUUCUAAUUCCUUGCGAAAAUUCUGUUCUGUAGGAUUAGUGCUAUUCUAAUGUUUAUAAACAAUGACAAACUCUUAUAAGCUAUUUAUUUUUAGAGAGUAAUGAGUCUGUAGCAACUUUCUUUCUACAUUUUCAUUCAUCUACGAAAAAAAGUUGCCAUACUGAGAAUACUGUUUCGGUGCUAAACGUGUUUCAUUAAAAAAAAAAAAAGUUUGAUUUAAGAAAAUCCCUAUUAAGCUGUUGAUUCGAAAUUCAUUUCACUAUAAUUAUUUCAUGCAUUAAAUAAAUAAUAAAAAUUCUGCAUGUCCUUAGGAUUAAAUUUUGUUUUUUGUUUUGCAUAUAUCAAAAGUAUUAUCACUUGUCAUUUGUGAUUAUUUACAACUUAAAUUAAUAUUACAGAAAAAAUAUAAUAAAAAUGUUGAAUUGUUAGUAUCAAAUAUGUUGAGAAUUUUAAGUUAAGUAAUGACAAUGUUUUCAAAGGAAAUAUGCGCAUUACAAAAUAAGAAUUGUUCUAUAUAUUAUUUAAUGCUAAACAAUACUUUUUGAUAAUCGCUAUGUAGGUGCAAUUCAUACACCAGACAAAAUUGGAAUUUUUUUAUAAAAGGCUACAGACUCAGAAUGCCUUGGUUUUGUGUGUCACUAGAUAGACUGUCCUUAAAACAAGUGCAUGUUAAUGAAACGUUACUAUACUAUCUUAAGAGUUUCAAAAUAUCGUUAUUAAAUAAUCAAUAAAAUGCACUCUUUUUGCAUGUUUCCACUCAUUGUGAUUUAAAUAUUUAUUUCAAAUUUCACUUGGCAGAUGCGUUUUUACCCUUUGUUCCUUGUUAAUACUAAGAGUACUCGAAUCAAAUGAAGGCUAAGAGAAUGAUAUUCUGAUCCCAGACACUUAGGAAGAGAGUGAUUGGAUUCAGUCACAUUACCUUGGCCUUCCUUCUCUCAGAUGAACUGUUGAUCUUGGAGUCAUGGUGAACUUUGCGGAAUCUUGGUCACACCAGCAACUUUAUUCCCUCCCUAUAUGCUUGUUUUCAAUGACCUGUGUAAGCGUUACAAAUGUGUUGCAGUGACGUCGAUGGUUUAUUCUUUAUCUCUAUUCAGGAAAGUCCAAGAGUCUUCGUCGAGGGGGGGGGGGAUCUGGUCUUUUCUCCCUUCAUGCCAGAGUACUAUUUCUCUGGCACGCCGCUAUAGCAAGAGUCCCCUUUUCAUUUUUAAAGGAGAAAGUUCGUAUAUUAACGUUCCUCAUUACAAAAUUUCUCUUAAGGGCAGUCUGUGUUUUAGUUUAUCAGUAGUCAGCGAAUUCGUGUUUUGCCACUGAAAAUGAUCGAAUCGAUGAUUCGCAGUUUUUUAUUAAAGGAACGGCAACGGAAACCAAAUUUUCAAAUCUAUGAUUUUUUAAAUUUUUAUUUUUAAUAUUCUUUGUGAUAUUUUUUUGUGUGGAAAUGUUUUAAAUUUUAUUUUUAAGUAUUUUUUUAAAUUUAAGUAUUUUUUAAUACUGAAAUUUGUUUUGAAAGCUGUGAUCUAUUGACUUGUUUAAGAUUUUUUUUAAAAAAAUAUUUAUAAUUUACCGUUUGUUUAUGCAGUUUUAUUUGAAAGUUUUUCGUGCUUUAAAUAAAUUUGUGAAACAUCUUGUGAAUAUGCUUUAUGGGCCAAAUUUAUUAUAUAUAUAUAUAUAUAUAUAUAUAUAUAUAUAUAUUAUUUUUAACUAUUUGUUUUGUUCCUUUAACUUGUUUUAUAUUUUAAUUUUAGCUACAGUAAAGUACCAUUUAUACGACUUCUAAAGGACUGAUAUAAAAUAAUGCAUGAACAAUGGCUUAACAGAUGUAAUCCAUGCUUGGUACAUAAUAUGAUCAUUUCGCCUUCAAUCCUCAUUUGAAAUUUUGAAAGUGUAAAUGGCGUCCUCGACAUAAUAAAUUUUUUUCCCCUUCAUAAUAUCUCACAUUUAAACAUGGUAUUUACGAAUUCAUGUUUUGUUUUCCUGGCGUCUGGGACAUCGAUUUCCUUAGUCGCUAUGCCUCUGCAUAUGGAUAAAAAGAUAUAUAAUUUAAAUUUUAAUAAAUUAUUUUAAUUAUAAAUUUGACGCCACUUCACUUUAAAAGUAAUUUAAAGUGUUCUUUUCAUUUUUAAUAUUAGAAGUUAAGAACUACGUAGUGUUGGAAACAAUGAUAAGCAUUUGUUUUUGAAACGUCAUAGACCUUACUAUAUAUCUUGAGUUAUACAGUUUUUAUUUUAAACUCUUUUUAUAUGCAUGCAGAUAAUAUUUCAAUUGUUAUCUGAUUGCCUGUGAGUAUUAUGUACGGUGUUGUAAAUCGAAUUCAGCUCAAUGAAAGCUUUUUCACCCGUGUUUUAAGCGCGAAGUUUUACGGCGGAGCUCACUUUGUUCAUUUAAUGGAGUCAUUUCUUCCAAUUGUUCUUCAUCAUCACUUAAGUCAGGACCAGGCGAUUCAUUUCAUACUAAUUCCUUAAUGAAUAAUUUUGAAGCUGUGGUGUCGCGUGCUUCUUGAAGAUGAGAGGAGAAAGCGAUGUAACAACUGCAGCUACGCGUCAUAUAAAGGAAGUGCUGCUUUAUCAUUGCAUGGGUGAUGAAUAAUUCGUACAAGCGGUGCUUUACUGUAUUUUACGUCCUUUAACUAUUCGUUUUAUAAUUAGUUUUGAUUUUAAUUAUUUAUAUGGUUUAAAUGAAUUGAAAUUUUAUAUGAUAUUGAUUAUUAUUUCCUUCUAUGAAUGUCGUCUACUUUAUGUCGGAAUAAAAAUACAGAGGUUGUUCAUAUUAUGAAUGAAGUUUUUAUAGAGAUUUCUUUAAAUACUCUCCCUCGUUCUGUUUCAUUUUUUAUGACAAAAAUGAAAUGAAAUCAAUAUUACCUACUUAGAGGUUUCAUCGCCUGCGAUUUUUUCCGGUAAUCCAGAUGCGCUUAAGUUCAUGUAUAAGCAGGAUUAAAUAUUUUGGAUGACAUCAGUUUCCCCUCCUGAAAAAUCCAAUGAUGUCGCGAGGAGAGGGUAGGUAAAGAGAUGGUGUUCUUUUUGAAAUAUUAGCAGUUGAACAUUAUUUUGUGGAUAUGAAGUUAGUUUUUACUUUUUUUAAAAAAAAAUCUCACUUUAGUUUCAAUUUUUCACUUUAUAUAUAAAAAAUAGCUACAACUAAAAAUGAUUUUCUAAAGAUUUGUUUCGAUUCUUUGAAAUCAUUUUUCAAAUUUUUCCUUCUUUUCUAUGGUAUUAAAUAUAUUUUAUCUUUUUUUUUAAUAUAUACACACAGCAAUGGAUUAGAUAUGUUCUAGUUUCGUUGAAUGCUGCAAUGUGAAUUCGCUUUACAGCAGGUAAAUUUUUCAUAUGCAGAAGUCUACUUCAAACUCUACAUUCGACCACAUAUUUAAUAAAAAGAACCAUAGAAGCCAUACAGGAUGUCUCAAAAAUUGGAAAAAGUGUCAUUUUCCUAAAUAUUGUACCCAGACAUAUAUUUUCAAUGACAAAGUUUUAUUAAAUAAAAUGGACAAUUAUAUAUAUAAAAAAAAAACUGGCUAUUGUAGAGACUAAUAAGAAAAUGUUUAAAAAAUUUAUUUUUAAUGCUCAAAGUAUAAAAGUUUCGUAUCACUUAGUCAAAUAUUUCUCUUGCAUUCAUAUAAACACUCACAAAAAAAAUUCGCUUCUUUCACAUUUGAAUUUUUUUUUUUUUUACGCAGCAAUUUUUCAACAUCUUGCCACUAACCAACAAUCUUUUUACAUCCUUAUUUCUCUGUUCAUUAGAUAUGAGCAAGAACCCAAAAUGUAAGAAAUAAUGAAAUGACACCGAGUAUAGAUAUCACUUUAACUUUCUAAAAUUCCUUUAGCUUUAAAGUUAAAAAAAAUAUUACUGUUUUAUUUAAAUAAAUAAUAUCUUUAUAACCUAUUGAUUCAUUAUAGUUCUUUUCAAUCAUAACUUUCACCGCUAUCGAAACAUUUGAAAAAUGAAAUAUGUUUUGUUUCAGUUUAAAACCAAACUCCAGUAAGGGUCGAAUCCGUUAAAUUAUACGCACAUUUCAAUAAUAUAUAAUCAGUUUUAUAUCACAAAAUUGAUUUAAAAAUCAGUUGAAAUUAUGUUUACUAAAUUAUUCAGCACUAAAUUAUUGAUGAUCUGUCAAUUGAAUUUCUUAAUUAUAUUAAAAUGAACAGAUUUCAAUCGAUUCAGAUUGGGAGAUUUAUUAGAUUAAGAAAAAUAGAUAAUCGUUUAUUGAUUUCUCUGUAAAUAACGUGUUCUCAAAAAAUGUGUUCUCAAAAAAAUAAUUUUUUUCAAAUAUUUUUUUUUCCUUUUUAAAUAUUUAUAAUUAAACUGCAUGUCUAAUAUUUAGUUUUGAAAUUAAUUUUAAAAUGCUAAUUUUCAAAAUGAAACAUGCAAUGAACUUUAAAGUAAUCCAUUAAAUUUCAUUGUGCUUGAUAAAGUAAUUACGGAAGAAUUAUCAUUGUUUUAAAGAAAAUUACUUAUAUUUCCUAUGAAAAACAUUAAAAAAAUAUGCAUAAAGCUCCUUUGUGAAUUUUUUACGUUAUAUUUUCUUACAAUUUAUUGAUAUUGUAUUUAGUUUAAGUACACUUCACAGUAAAAUUGGAAAAUUUUAAUACUAAUGUUACCAUGAUUCGUGAGAACUAUUUGUGUUUGGUGUAAAAAAAAGUGACAUUUGUUCUGUUUUGAAAAUAUCUAAUGUAUUCAUUAUUUUAUGUAUGGGUACGUCAUUUUUACCUUUAUUACGAAGCAUAGUUCUUUCUUACCUGAAACAUUUUCUUUAUCAUCUGCAAGCAAUUAGUAUUAAACUGAGAACUGAAUAAACUCUUGUGAAUAUUCUCAAAAUGUCUGAACUCUGCCGAAUGUGGAAAGAAGUUCUUUUCCCUCCAGAAUUAUCGUUUUUCGUGGCCAAAACACCGGAAUCUCUGUUCGUGAGAUUUUGUCUUUCAUCACUCGAAUGUGUGAACGAAGUCUUCCUUCUAGCGAGCACGAACAGUUUCUUAUAGUGGUUCGUGCCAUUUAUUAAGUGAAAAAAAAAAAAAUUCAACUGAUUCGUUAUUUUUUAGAGUGUAAUGUACUAAUGUCUCUCAGGGUGAUAAAUCUACAGAGUUGAGAAGUUUAUUGAUUGGUAUUCUGUUUUGUAAUGUAAAAAAAGGGGGAACUGUAUACUUUUUUUUUUACUUGAUAAAAGCGAAUGUAUUAUGAAUGCUGAAUAUGAUUCUACAAUGUAAUUCUUUUUUUUUUGUUCUUAUUUUAAAAAAUAAACAAACUUGAAUUGAAA